UGUUCCCUCUCCCGCAGACAGUGGUCGCUGCACGGGCGGAUUGGGAUGGAUUUAUAGCACGGGAAAUCGCUGCGUUAUGAAUUUCAUAAAAUCUUUGCUUUUCAGCUGUGGACUGUACUCAUUCGAAAUCUUGCCAGACUUGUUUACUCACUCUCCUCUGUUAAAUACGUAAGAACGGAAGAAGUGCACGGUUUUUAGAAAACAUCUUGUUGUUAGUAAAGCAGGCCGCUUAGGCCUCGGAAUUUCCUAACAUUUUGCCCGGCAUGGUGCGCUCGGCCCACGGGACACUCGCGGCAUUUUACACCCGGUGUCGAACCAUGGUAUCACCCUAGUCGCCGGUUUGACUGCAGUGGUCGUAGUAGCGACGCCUUCUCAUCUACAGUUGACUGAGAGCUGUUGUCACUGCCAGCGUACUUAUACAACACUCUACUGUGAAUACAGCAGUUUACAGCAUUGCAAGCCACCACUCAGAAGUGAAUCUGACUCUCCACCUAAGCAACUAAGUGAACUGUGGUGUCCAAACAGAAGGAAUACCAUAUUAAAAGACUUUUUUUACAUUGACAUAUUUGGCCAGAGACUUUAGAAUGGCAUCUGUUCCUGUUUACUGCCUGUGCCGUCUCCCUUACGAUGUCACCCGGUUCAUGAUUGAGUGUGAUGUUUGUCAGGACUGGUUUCAUGGCAGUUGUGUUGGUGUGGAAGAGGACAAAGCGGCAGAUAUUGACCUGUAUCACUGUCCUAACUGUCAGGUGACACAUGGACCCUCUGUCAUGCGCAAACGACGAGGGGCUGUUAAGCACUCUGAUGCUGGAAUGGGGAGAGACUCAGGACGACCUGUGAAGACGGGCAGUGCUCAGUUUGUCAGGGAGCUACGCAGCCGCACUUUUCCCAGUGCUGAUGAAGUCCUGCUGAAGCCGACCGGGGCCCAGCUCACGGUUGAGUUUCUAGAGGAGCGCUCCUUUAGCGUCCCAGUCCUGGUCCUCAGGAAAGAUGGUUUGGGCAUGAAUUUGCCCCCGUCGUCUUUCUCUGUAACGGAUGUAGAGCAUUAUAUUGGUGCUGACAAGGAAAUUGAUGUGAUUGAUGUCAACCGCCAAGCAGACCUGAAGAUGAAACUGGGAGAAUUUGUCGAGUACUACAACAGUCCAAACAGAGACAGAGUGCUCAAUGUGAUCAGCUUAGAGUUCUCAGACACCAGGUUGUCAAAUCUAGUGGAGACACCAAAGAUUGUGAGGAAGCUGUCAUGGGUGGAGAACCUCUGGCCUGAGGAGUCUGUCUUUGAGAGGCCUAAUGUGCAGAAAUACUGCCUGAUGGGAGUGAAGGACAGUUACACAGACUUUCACAUUGACUUUGGUGGAACCUCUGUGUGGUACCAUGUUCUCCGGGGUGAGAAGAUCUUUUACCUCAUUCGUCCCACUGCUGCUAACCUGUCACUUUUUGAGCGCUGGAGUUCAUCCUCCAACCAGAAUGAGCUGUUUUUUGGGGACCAGGUAGACAUGUGCUACAAGUGUUCACUAAAGCAAGGAAACACCCUCUUCAUCCCAACAGGGUGGAUUCAUGCUGUUCUGACGCCUGUGGACUGUUUGGCAUUUGGGGGAAAUUUUCUACACAGCCUCAACAUUGACAUGCAGCUUCGAGCAUAUGAAAUAGAAAAGCGACUGAGCACAGCAGACUUGUUCACGUUUCCAAACUUUGAAACCGUGUGCUGGUAUGUUGGAAAGCAUCUGCUGGACACCUUCAGAGGUUUAAGAGAGAAUCGACGGCAUCCUGCCACAUACUUGGUCCAUGGAGCCAAAGCUCUCAAUAAUGCUUUCCGCAGCUGGACACGGAAGGAAUCCCUGGCUGAACAUGAGAUACCGGAGACUAUAAAGACCCAGCAGCUAGUGAAGGAUCUUGCUAAGGAAAUACGUCUGGUUGAGGAUAUCUUCCAGCAGAACAUCGGCAGGAGUGGGACACCAUUUGGUGGCUCUCAGGGUCUUCCCUCUCCUCACCCCAAAGCUCCAUUAAACACAUCCCUCGCUUUUGGCCAGCACCCUGGUAAAAAGAGAGGCCCCAAGCCGAAGGAUGAUUUGGAGGGGGGUGUAGGCCCUCCAGGAGCUAAGAAAAAGAGCCAGAAAGGCAAAGAGAUCAAAACAGAAGCUGGAGAGCUGGACCUGCUGGAAAUUCAUACUAAACACACACUCAAGAAGUUCCAGCCAGGGUGCAAAGUAAAAAAGAGCAAGCUUGAGCUGCCUGAUGACUGUCUAGAUGAUUUUGAAGAAAAGAUCAACAAGAGCAAGCUUAAGCUUGUGCUGACUAAUGGAAAAAUACAAGGGAAGAAGGGUCGUGCUGGGAGUGCAAAUGGAGCAGGGAGUUCACUUCAACAGUUCCAGCCCCACAUGGCUACUUUGUCUGACUUUGAUUCAGAAGACGAACUUCAGAUCGAUGAAACCCCUCCACCUCGCCGUAGACCGUCUCUACCUAGCAAGAAGAAAUUAGCUGGUCUACCAAGGAAACUACCUCGGGCCAAACCGUGCAGUGACCCCCACAGAAUCCGUGAGCCAGGAGAAGUGGACUUUGAUAUUGAGGAGGAUUACACCACAGAUGAAGAGAUGAUCACAGUGCAGGGUGUGAAAGGUGGAGCAGGUGGGAUUUUAGACUUGCUCAAGGCAAGCAAACAGGUGGCGGGUCUCGAUUCGGCACUGAGUGAGGAAGCACCAGCCUCCCCCAGCACUCGUGAUGCUAUCCAGGGGAUGCUCUCGAUGGCCAACCCUCCAUCUUCUUCAUCAUCUUCCUCCUCCUCCUCUCCUCUAUCCAUCUCUGGAGGAGGUGAGAUGCUGGGGCUUAUGAAGGAGAAAGGAGGGAGAGCUGGGUGGAUAAGUGGAGUCAAGAAGAGUGAGAAGAAAACCACAUUUCAGAGGCCAGGAAAACGGCCUAUCAAACGUCCAGCACGGCAUCUCAGUGAUGAAGAAAGCUUGGAUGAACAGGAGACCUUGGGUACCUGUUUUAAAGACUCUGAUUAUGUGUAUCCAUCACUAGAAUCUGACGAGGAGGAUCACAUAAGCAAGUCCAAAAUGAAGAGAAAGCGAAACUGGGAUGAUACACCCUGGAGUCCUAAAGCCCGCGUGACCCCUACACUGCCCAAGCAGGAGCGACCGGUGAGAGAAGGUGCAAGGGUGGCUUCUGUAGAAACUGGGCUUGCAGCUGCUGCUGCCAAACUGGCUCAACAGGAACAGCAGAAAACCAUAACCAAGAGAAAAUACACCAAGAAGAAGGUCCCCCAAGAGAAAGUACAUUCUGCAACUGCCCAACUCCAGCGCCAGCCGGACUCUGCACCCGUGUCUCCCCCUCUGCCCUCUGAGCCUCCUGUGGACUGCAUAGUUGAGGAGAGGAGAGUAGAGGUGUACUCCGCCAGCCUGCUGGACCACGAGUACACAGCAGGACCAGGCCCAUUCAGCCCAGGUGGCCCAAGAGGAAGUGGCGCAAUGGCCCCUGGCGUGUUUCUGACUUCAAGACGCCCCUCACUCUCUCCCCAAAACAGCAGCAGCUACUCUGCUCCCUCACCCGGAGGGCUGGCUACUUCAACGUCAGCAGGACUGUGUCAAGGAAAACGUCCAAAAAAAGGACUUGCUACAGCUAAACAGAGACUGGGAAAGAUUCUGAAAAUACAUCGAAAUGGCAAGCUUCUCCUGUAGUUCGAUAACAUGGAGAGGAGGCUGCAGGGAACAACAGAGGCGGAAAAAACGAAUAAGGAUGAGGACCUGAGUGAUUUUGAUGUUAAUUUAUGUGACUGUUUUAUGGUUAAUGUUCUGCUUGCCUGAUUUUACUUACUUCAUCGGGACAGAGAGCGAAAAGAACGGUAACUUGCUGUGAGAACAUUCAAUUGAAAUCCAUGCGCAUGGUGUUUUAGAAUAGAAAUUCUAUUUGAAAGCAAAUCGAGCUAAACAGACGGAUACGUUAAUGAAGUGCUGACUGUACUGCGAACAGUUUUUCCAUCAUUUUUCAGCUGCGUACAUGUGCAUUCCCCCUAAACCCUGUUUGUGUCAUAGCUAUUAAUUUUUAGUUUUAACAUUGUAUAUCUCUAGAGAAGAAAAAAAAAGCUGAAUGCUGAGGAGCACUUGAUGUUAGAUCAAAUUGCCUAAAGCCAUUGCAAACAAAAAGACUACAUUGUUCAGAAGAUCUUCAACUGGAUAAGAUGAAAAAUUGAUUUCCCCAAAAAUAGGAUUGAGCUUGUUGUUUGUCCCAUGGAUUAGAAGAGAUCCAAUUCUUUGUUCAUCACCUGAUUCUCCUCCUUGAAGCCAUGCAUAUUAUUUGUUUACAUGCUUCAUUUAGUAUCUGUUCAUAUCAGAUUAUGUUAUACCAUAGAAGGCAGUUUGAUACACAAUUGACCGUAAUUGCUGUAGAUGAAGUCCUGUAGUAAUGUCUCUUUGCUUGUUAAAAUGUUUUUACUGUAGUGUACUAACACAUUUUUAUCAACAAAUGUAUUUUAGAUGUGUAUAUACUUUACGUUUGUCUUGUUUUGUUCGUUUUGUUUGUUUUCCACUUAGCAUGGGCAGCGUAAUGUCCUGCCACAACUUGGCCAGGGUUGUUUUUCCCAUCUUUAGUACAGCUCCACGUUUAAUUGUAGAGGUUGAGUUCAGUGGUGGGCACAUUUUUAGUAAUUGUAAAGAACACAGAAAUUGACUUUAGAGCAGUUUGAGAUCAUAUGGGUGAUUCGGUAGGUUCAGUGUACAUAUUUGGUGUUUUAUUAUUUUGUAUUAACUUGUUUGUUUAGAAAGAAAGAAAUUGCAUUGGAAUCUUUCUUGACACACCUUGUACAAAAAUACAUGUUUUGGGUAACAGCAUAAGAGUUGUUUAGUCAGUUUCAUUUGUAUAGGAUAAUUAUGCUGUUAUUUUUCAUUGAAGCUUAUGAUAUUAGCAAUGUGAUGAAGUUAAUGUAUUCUAUUGCUAUUUCAAUGUUAUUGUUCAUUUUAUUUUCCCCCCCACUUAUCAAUAAUAUUAAUUUUAAUGUCAAUAUACUUUAGUUUCGCUUUUUUAUAUAUAUAUAAUACUCCAUUCUAGAAGAGUUAAUGUAACAUUUUCUUGUAAUUUUAUGUAAUGGCAACAAUAUUUUUUUAGUCUUCUCCUUUGACCAUGUCUAUAAUCAGCACCAAAAAAUAUGGAUAAAUCAGUGGGCCAGUGUAAAUAUUAUUUUACAGGUUUUUUUUUUUCUUUCUUUUUCUUUUUUUCUAAAAAUGUCACAUCUUCACCAUGCCGAACUGUCAUCUUGCCAUCCAAAUGUAAUUAGAAACUUGUUUUGAGGUUUGUAGAAAUUUGUUUCGAAUGUGAAGUAACAGAAGACAGUUGUUGGAAUAUUCUAGCAAAACUAUUAUUUUUAAACAUUGUUUUCAGAUGAUUCUGACAUUUAAAAGGAUGUUUCUGUGAUAUUUUGAGUUUUUUGUGCAUUUAUUUGAUUUGUCGUCUUCUUCACAUCGUGUCGCUCAUAUUUUACUAAACAUCUGUGCCUUCAGUAAAGUCCCAAACAUAGCAACCUCUCUCGUACAGAAACUUUUGAUACUAGAUUUAGUUUAACGGCGACUCUUGUCUAUUCAGGACUUCUGGAAAUUGACAGUGGAAAAACAGGAAUGAUGUGAAGCAAGAUGCGCAAGAAAAAAAAAGUGUUCAAAAACCUCAAAAUAUGUGAGGAUUGACUUUUAAAUAUGUUCUUAUUAAAACUUACAUUUACUUAAGUUAUUCUCUUCUUUAUCACCUGAAGUUAAUUGUGUGCAUUUUAGGAUUUAUUUAUCUUUUAACCAUUUUCAUGUCUGUUGAAGUUUAUUUUGAACAGUUAAUGUUGAUCACACAGUUCCUCUCAGGGUUUAUUUUGUAUCUAAUAUCAUUUUGAUAGAAUCGUUUAAAAAGAGCAACAGUAGUGUUAGGAGUUCACAUUCAGGACCACCUAAAAAAACAAAUCAAAUUUGAACCCAUUUAAGUAAGAUUUAUAAUUGGACGUUGUCUUUUGCUAUUGUCACCACUUUUGGUUUUUGAAACGGCUUGAGCUGAUUUUUCCAAAUGACCUCUAUUAAAAGAUAUUUUUAAAAAUUG